AUGGCGCGCCAAUCCGGAUACGACCGCCACAUUACCAUCUUUUCGCCCGAGGGCCGCUUGCAUCAGGUCGAGUAUGCGUUCCAGGCAGUCAAGAAGAACCAGAACAUGACCUCUGUAGCUUUGCGAGGAGACGAUAGUGUUGUCGCAGUGACCCAGAAGAAGGUUCCGGAUAAGCUGAUGGACAAGGAUUUUGGCACUCACCUCUACAACAUCACUCCGAAUGUUGGCUGCCUCAUGACGGGCAUGAGUCCUGAUGCUCGAGCUCUGGUGUACAGGGCGAGAGAGAUUGCAGCCAAGUUCAAGGAUAAGAAUGCCUACGAAAUCCCUGUCCAUUACCUUGCCUUGAAGCUUGCAAACAUUGCACAGGUGUACACCCAACACGCCUACAUGCGACCCUAUGGUGUCAGUACCAUCCUGGUUUCCAUCGAUGACGAGAAGGGCCCGUCGCUCUAUCAGAUCGACCCUGCUGGUCAAUACUUUGGGUAUAAGGCUGCAGCCGCUGGCACAAAGGACCAAGAGGCUCAGAACGCGCUUGAGAAGAUUGUGAAGAAGAAGAUUCAAUUCACAGAAGCUGAGACCAUUCAGCAGGCGAUUGGAUGCCUUCAAGCCGUCAUGGGUAUGGACUUUAAGGCUUCGGACAUCGAAGUGGGCGUCGUGUCAAAGUCCAGGAAGGGAUUCUUCCGGUUAACGGAGGCGGAGAUUGAUGCUCACCUGACAGAGAGUCCUGAGGUUCGCAAGCUGACUGAGAAGGCACGUGGGAGGCAGCAGUUCAUAUUUGACGGACGAACGGUCUACGAAUGGGAGCAGAACCUGGAUGAGACUCACAUCUACAUCCAACCACCUCCGGGAGUAACAAAGCACGCUUUGGACAUCAAAAUUGAGCCUAGGCAUCUUCGUGUCGGGCUGAAGGGCAAUCCUCCCUUCUUAAACGAAGAGGUUUUCAGCUUGGUUGAGACCGAUAGCUCCUUCUGGAUGAUAGAGGAUGGCGAGCUGCACAUCCAACUGCAAAAGGUCCACAAGGGAGAAACGUGGCAUUCGGCCUUGAAAGGUCAUGGUCAGUUGGACAUGUUCUCCGAGCAGGAGAUCAACAAAAAGCUCAUGCUGGAAAGAUUCCAGGAGGAACAUCCUGGCUUUGACUUUUCGGGUGCGAGCUUCAGCGGACAGGCUCCUUCCGCUCGCACCUUCAUGGGAGGCAUUCAUGCGGAUCCGCAAUCCCUUACAUAG